AUGGCCCGCCGUCCCGCACGCUGCUACCGCUACUGCAAGAACAAGCCGUACCCCAAGUCUCGGUUCAACCGUGGUGUUCCCGACCCCAAGAUUCGCAUCUUCGACCUGGGUCGUAAGAAGGCUUCCGUCGAUGACUUCCCCACCUGCGUUCACCUCGUCUCCAACGAGUACGAGCAGCUGUCCUCCGAGGCUCUUGAGGCCGCCCGUAUCUGUGCCAACAAGUACCUCGUGAAGAUCGCUGGUAAGGAAGGUUUCCACCUGCGUGUCCGUGUCCACCCCUUCCACGUCGUCCGUAUCAACAAGAUGCUGUCGUGCGCUGGUGCCGAUCGUCUGCAGACCGGUAUGCGUGGUGCCUUCGGUAAGCCCCAGGGUCUCGUCGCCCGUGUGAACAUUGGCCAGAUUCUUCUGUCCGUCCGCACCCGUGACUCCAACCGUGCCGCCGCUAUCGAGGCUCUCCGCCGCUCCAUGUACAAGUUCCCUGGUCGCCAAAAGAUCAUCGUCUCCAAGAACUGGGGUUUCACCCCCGUUCGCCGCGAGGAGUACGUCCAGCUCCGCCAGGAGGGCAAGCUCAAGCAGGACGGUGCCUACGUCCAGUUCCUGCGUGGCCACGGUCUGAUUGAGGAGAACAUGAAGCGUUUCCCCGACGCCUACGAGAACGUCUCUCAGGCUUAG